AUGCCUACGGUGGAUGGACAGAAAACAACAGUGCCGAGACCUGCCAGUCCACCUCGCCUCAAACCUCCGACCUUCAGCAACAUGGCAGCCCCUCCACGGCCUGGAAACGGGGCUCUGCGACCUCCUCCCUCCGCUGCGUCGUCUCUGCGUGUCCCCGUCACGAAACUACUCCCCAAUACCUCCAUGGCACCUACAUCCUCAAUCAUGCCUCCAGGAAAGCAAGUCUCGCGCAAGGUCAUCCUCGAGCCGGGCCACUCGCCGCUCGACUGGGCCGCGUUGACCUCGAACCCGAAUAGUCAGCUGCGCGGAAAAGAUGCUCCUGACAAUUUGAUUCGGGUAACACCUGCGCAGUUGAAACAGCAAAACGGGCGGAAAGGAAGAGACGCGUGGACCGUAUACCAGGGUAAAGUGUACAAUAUAACACCAUACGUGCCAUUCCAUCCCGGAGGCAAAGGCGAGAUCCUGCGGGGUUCCGGCAAAUCAUCAGACAAGUUGUUCAUGGAGGUGCAUCCUUGGGUCAACUGGGAUGGCAUGCUGAGCGAGUGUAUGGUGGGCAUUCUCGUGAACGACGAGGAGAUGGCAGACUCAAAGAGUGGCGGUCUUGAUGAUAUGGACUGA